AUGGCGCCCGCAAAUAGCGCCGGCAAGCGUGUCAAGGGAAAGCAGGUUUACCGGCCCUUCAUCUACGGCACCACCGCCCGCCCCUUCGACCCGGACAAGAACCCCAAGCCGCCUGGAACCCCCGAGGAUCACACCCAUAGCUGGUCCGUCUUCGUCAAGGGCAUCGACGACGUCGACAUCACCUAUUGGCUCAAACGCGUCCAGUUCAAGCUCCACGAGAGUAUCCCAAACCAUGUGCGCAUGAUCGACGGCCAGAAGGGCGAGCCCUUCGCCGUCCACGAGACCGGCUGGGGCGAGUUCGAGAUUACAAUCAAGAUGUACUACGCCCCCGAGAGCAGCGAGAAGGCCCAGACGCUCUACCACCACCUGCGCCUGCACGCCUACGGGUCCGAGUCCGAGAAGAACGCCAUGAUAGCCAACGGCGAGGUGCCCGCGUGGGUCUACGAGGAGCAGGUGUUCAACGAGCCCUAUGAGGCGUUCUACGACAUCCUGACCUCGGGCGCAAUGCCGCCCAGCGACCCCGCGGCCACCGCGAAGAACAAGACCGGCGGCAAGGGCGGCAAGGGAGGGGCCAAGGAGGCCAACCCCACCCCCAAGCGCAGCGAGGGCGGCGUGCUCCAGCGCAGCGCCAUGAUCCCCAUGCACACGCGGCCCGGCCAGCCCUUCAGCGCCGAGGCCGAGAAGCUCGAGAUCAAGAAGCUGGUCGACGCCCAGGCCGAGGUCGAGAGGCUCGUCGAGCAGAUGCGGACCGAGAACAAGGAGAAGGAGGAGCUGCUGAGGUCGCUCAAGGAGGAGGCGAAGUAG